CUGAGUUCCUCCGGCGUUUUGUGAUCAACAGUUGGGACUGGCGUUCGCGGCGUUUCUGGGUGUUGUAGUUCCAGUGCCUCCUGUCCCUGGGUUUAAAACCGAGCGGCGUGCGAUUGGUUUCCUUGUGUCUGUGGUGUUGCAGUCGAAGGAUGUUAGGCCUCUUCAGCCUCGUCGGGAUCUGUGCAAUUGCUGCUCUUCUUCUAGCAGCAUUUGCUCCAUAUAUCAGGAGGUGUGCUGCUGGUGGAGUGUGUACAUCUAACGCAAGACUAAAUGGGAAAACUGUGGUGAUUACAGGGGCUAACACUGGCAUUGGAAAGGAAACUGCCAGGGAUCUGGCACAGAGAGGUGCUCGAGUAAUCAUAGCCUGCAGAGAUUUGACCAAGGCAGAAGCUGCAGCCCAAGAGAUUCGUGAAGACACUGGAAAUAAACAAGUCAUUGUUCGAGAACUGGAUUUAGGCAACACCAGGUCCAUAUACCAGUUUGCUGAAAAUAUCAUUAAAGAGGAAAAGGUGAUCAACAUCUUAAUCAACAAUGCCGGAGUGAUGAUGUGCCCCUACAUGAAGACAAGUGAUGGUUUUGAGAUGCACUUUGGUGUAAACCACCUUGGACAUUUCUUAUUGACCUUCCUGCUUCUCGAUCUCAUUAAGCGAUCAGCACCUGCUCGCAUUAUCAAUGUAUCAUCCUUUGCUCACGUCUUUGGCCGAAUCAAUUUUCAGGAUCUGCAGAGUGAAAAGAGCUAUGAAGGGGCUCUGGCCUACUGCCAGAGUAAACUAGCAAACAUACUGUUCACCCGCGAAUUGGCCAAGCGUCUGAAAGACACCAAAGUCACAGUGAACUCUUUGCAUCCAGGCUCCGUGAAAACAGAGCUAACCAGGCACUCCUGGGUUGUGGCUCUGUUAUGGAAGAUUUGCACCUUCCUCAUCAAAACACCUAAAGAAGGUGCUCAGACCAGCAUACACUGUGCAGUUGCUGAAGAACUGGAAGAGAUUUCUGGCAAAUAUUUCAGUGACUGCCACCCAGCAUUUGUGGCUCCACAGGGCAGGAAUGAUGAGACAGCCAAGAACUUGUGGAAUGUCAGCUGCAAACUUCUGAAAAUUCAGUGGGACUGAAUUCUCAAAACUGGAAGAAAGCCAAGAACAAAGUUAAUUCUUUCUUUCUGUAGCUACUUUGAAAUCACUUUUAUUCUAGUAGUUCUCAAUCAAGUUGACUUAUGCCUUUUAAAGUUGCUCACUGACAGCUAAACAGCAACCUAUUCACUGUAACCUGCAAUAACCAUAUCUUUGAGAUGCAAUUUUGUCUAAGAGGGGUUACCAAGAUUUUGGACUACUUUGCCAAAUCAGCUAUUCUGUAAAAAUCUAAAUUCACAAUGAGUUUAUGAAACUUUUGACGAUUCAUUACUUGCUACAAUCCAUUAUAACUGUCAGGCACUGUAUUCAAGCUAUACUUUAAUGACCAAGCAUUGCUUUAUGAUUAAGAUACAGGUCUUUAUAUGCAAAAUGAGGGGCAAGUAUUUUAUCAAAAGUGUUAAAGUGGGUAAAUAAAUGAAAAUAUCUAUUGUA